GUCUGACAAAGAUCAACAAAUAAAAGAUUUGAAUUCUAAACUGGAGGCUUUAGAACUCAACAACAAACAUCUAGAAGAGAAAACAAAGAGAAUGGAGGAGGUGUUGGAGAUCGUGAGCGGUGAUCAAGGUGCUCAGGAGCAGAUGAGAAAGGUCAUCGAGUUGUAUGAAAAAACAGUGCAUGAGCAUAAAGCUGAAGUUGUGGAUCAAAAAACACGGUUCAAAGCUAUCAGAGAUAAACUGAUGGAAGAACUGACCUCGAUAAAUGACAAAGCAGAUGAGACAAUCACUUUGUGUGACAACAUUGACAAUAAGCUGGAAUACUGCAAUGUAGUAUUCAAAGGACUUGGAGAAAAUAUUGCUGCGUUGGAACAGAGCAAGGAACAACACUUGAAGGCACUGGCUGCGACAACAUCAAAUCGCAAGAUCAUAACACAACAUGGAAAUGAACAAAUGAAAAAAGCCCGUGAUGAUCUAGAAAACAUCCGAGAAAAGAACAGCGAGGAAGUCCUACAGCUUGUUGCAGCCCUCAAAUUCACUGAGGUGUCGGUGCACACUCUGGAAAAUGCACUCGAAAAAAAAUUGAUAGAGAACUAUAUGCUGCUUGACAAGUUCGAACGAUUGUAUCUCAUGGUCCAUAAUCUGGACAGAGAAACUCUUGACAGCAUCGAUAUAUAGUUAUGUAUCAUGUUGAGCCCAAAUUUGUUUGUUCUUUGUUCAGUUCUUUGUUAUCCAGUAGUUGAAUACUACAUAUUUAAUUUUAUCUUUACUUUAAUACAUUAGUUGUGAAUUGUUAAAUAAAAUGAGUAAGUACGCACAACAACAUUUCAAGUUGUAUGUAAAGUUUCUUUGUUGUUGGCCACUGAAAUAAUGUGGUACAUUUAGUUCCUAUGUAAGAAAUGUUUGUUCCAAUACUUGUGUUCUUGUACCAACAAGAAAAUAUUUUCUUGUAUGUUGAUUCCUAAUAAUUCUGUGAUAUAGAAAUAAAGUGAAUAAGUAUGCACAACAACAUUUCAAGUUGUAUGUAAAGUUUCUUUG